AUGCCCUCAUCAUUAGAAAACACUCAAUAUGCAUUAAAUCCUAAUAAGAAUGAUAAUUCCAACAACUAUUAUAAGUAGAGGGAUCAUUCGAACUUUGAAAAUUCUCAUUAAUAUGAUAAUGAUUUAGAGGUCAGCACCGCUAAUAACAACUCAAUCGUUAUCCUACUAAAUAAUCAAGAUAUGUAUAAUAGUGUGGUUAAUGCAAGAUCAAAUUAAGGCUUAGCUAGAUCAGAUAACAUUGAAAUGAGUUUGGAGACCAUAAUUCCUUCAUUAAAUCAAGACCCACCAAUAACUUUAGAGGAAGCACUUUUCAUGGUUAGUGGAGAACCUGAUAAAUACGUUAUAAGAAAUUUAUACAUAAUCCUUAACUUACUAAGUAUGGUUGGAUUCAUGAUCCCACUCUCCAUGAUCUUUUUAUUCUAAGAGCCUAAGAUGGAAUGCUUCAAUGAAGAGUUUAAGAUUUACUUCAGGUGCUCAGUUCAAUAAGCCUGUAGUAAAUAAUACUUUAACAAGCACAGAUAAGCUAAGAAUGACUAGAACAAUAACAGUUUUAUCUCUUACUUUGGUCUUAUGUGUUAAAAUGAAAAUUUGAGUUCUUAGUAACUAUUUGCAAUCAUUUCAGCUGUUUUAUUUAUGGGUUAAUUUUUUUUCGGAUUCUUAAUGGAUAAAUUCGGAAGGAAAAAAAUUAUUCUUGUUAAACUGUUAGCAUUUGGUUUGCUAGUUAUGGCUUUAGUUAUCAUAGGAUUCAUUGGUACUAAGAAUUAUAAUAUAGUGCUAUCUAUAUUUUUUAUGGCAUUAUUUGUUUCAACUUUUUUCCUUGAUCUAUAGAUAAUCGGAUUUGAGCAAUUACAGAAAAUUUAACGAGAAAAUUUCAUAAUAUUAUUAUCUGCAACAAGAUUAGCAGGUAUUUUAAUAGUUUGUGCAUGUUUUGUUUAUUUGAAUAAAUGGGUAUAUUUUUUCUGCAUUGUUCUUGGUUCGAUAUUGAUUCUUGGUGGGAUAUUUAUGAAAAAUACUUUUGAAAGUAUUCAUUAUCUACUUGCGUCAACUGGCCAGAUAGAUGCAGUUAAAUAUAUCCUUAAUCGAAUAGCUGUAAUAAACGAUGAGGAUAUCAUUACUGACAAAAUAGCCUUCAGCCUAUCGCCCUAAUAAAUUAAGAAAAGAAGAUCACUAAAAUUCAUCAUAUUAAACUUGAUAGGUUCAAAAGAGAAAGCAACAGUAAUAGCAAUUCUAAGUUUCUGUUGGCUCUGUUACACUACUGGCCAGAUGAUUGAUUUUGUAUUUAUUGAGCAGAUGUAAGUUGAUCUCUAUCUAGAUCUAAUCAUAUUGGGCUGUACUGAAUUUAUGUCAGCACUUUUUACCAAAAUUAUACUCAAAAUUUUCAAAAGGAGGACUGCACUAUUACUUCUAUUCUCGUUUAUUUGCACAUUAUUUUUCUUCCUCAUAAUUCUAAAGAGCAGUUCAUAGACUCAUUAUAUAGUAUCUAUUUCAUCUAGGGCAUCUUUAUAAAUUCUUAACAUAAUUUUGACACUAACCACACUUGAGCAAUUCCCAACUGAAAUAAGAGCAUUUGGCUUUGGAACAUGCCUUUCUUUUGGUAUGAUUGGUGGAAUGGGUUUGCCAUUUAUUAAUUAAUUGAGCACCGAAUUAUUGAUAAUGAUUGUUCUAAUAUUUUUAACAGCUAGUAUCGGUAUCUUCUUCAUUAGAGAGACGAAGAACGAGGAAUAACUUCGAAACAUUUAUACUGAAAUCUUUCCAGAUGAAGAUUAAAGCUAAUCGCCUAAGAAAAAGUCUUCAUCUUCUGCAGUAAAUGCUGAACACAGCGAGAUGAACAACAAUCAAACUGAUAUGAACAGAUAAAUCAGUAUAUUUGAUAACAUAAUGAAUGACCUUAAAGGUGCCAAGAUUAUUGAUGAGGAGAAAGGAGACAUAAAUCAGAAAUACUUUAAUGAAUAGAAUGAGAUGAUAUUUGAGAAAGAUGGCCCAAGAGCAGCAGACUAAUUUGAUGAUGACGAACUUGAUGAUGAUGACUACUUUGAUGAAGAGGAAAUGGAUGAGAAUAAUGAUGCAGAUAUGAACCAUCAUCUUCAAAACUAAGAAUUUGAAGAUGAUGAUAUUUAUAAUAAUCGGCCGAUAAAGGUUAAAAAUUAUCUUAAUGAAGGAGAUAAAUUAGAAUAUAACAGCUAGGCAAGUAACUCAUCGACUACGAGAGCUAUUCUACAUGAUCACUCUAGAUAGCCAUCUUUUGAAAUUGCUUAGUCACGAACUCAUACAAAAUCGAAAGGAAGCAGUCGAAAGAUAAAAUAUAUAAAAGCAGAGAAGAAAAAUGAAUCUCGAUUGUAGUAAGAGGACGAAGCGGAAUUCGAGGAGCUUACAGUGGGUGAAAUUGAUGAGCCAGAUGGAUUAGACUAACAAUAUGAUCGUCUUAAUAACAUUUGA